UGUAGAGGAUACGGAAACUAUCUUUAGUAUAGAUAAUAUUGUUCUACAAUGCUAAUACGAUUAGCAUUAGUUAGCAUCAGUGUACUGCAAGUGUACAGCAGAGUUGUACAACCUGGGAUUGUAAACAACUUUCAAGAUGUAAACAUCACAAACAUUGAUUACUCAGAAUUCUUGAGCAAACUUGCCCCAUUAUGGAGAUCUGAGUGCAGGAAAUGGAAUGAGAAGGAAAUAUAUUUGGAAGAAGAUAAAGUUAGUUUUCAAGGAAACUAUUUCCAGGCUAAAUGGUGGACUAGCGGAACUGCACCUAAUCAAGACAAUGAUUGGGGAGUUUGGACUCUAAUAGGUUCUUCUUGCUCAUCUACUACACAGGAAGACACAGAUGAAAACAAGAAUAACAUAGCAGAGGCUGAAUCUACUAACACAGAUAUUGUUGAUGAAACUGUUAAAGACGAUAAAGAAGUUGAAAAUAAUGAAGUUGAUGUCGGGGGGUCACAUCAUCUUAGUCCAGGAGAGAUUCCUUCAAAACAACAUGCAGAACAAAGGGAAAAAGAAUUAACAGACAGUGACCUGUUUAAAAUGGUUAAAAAAAGUAUUGCCACACUUGAGUCUUCACAAGUAGACAAUAUCAAACCAGAAUCCAAUUCCAAUCCUGAGAAUGUUAAGAGGGUUGAAGAACUACUCAAAAGUAAUGAUUGGGAAUACUUAUUUCCUGAUAGACACCCAGACUACUCAUACAGACGAUUUUUGCAAGCAAUUGGCAAAUUCCCAGCAAUUUGCGGAACCUACUCUGAUGGAAGAGAUUCAGACUUAAUUUGCAGAAAAACUUUGGCGACCAUGUUUGCGCAUUUUACGCAGGAAACAGGAGGGCAUAAUCCCCAUGGUGAAGCUGAGGAGUGGAGACAAGGGCUUGUAUUUCUGAGGGAGGCUGGAUGUCAGGAGACUGGUCCAGGAUGUGGAUAUGAUUCUGCUUGUGAUUUAAGCACUUGGCAGGGUAAAACCUGGCCGUGCGGCGGAGACAGUGGUUCCUGGAAGAAGUAUUAUGGAAGAGGAGCUAAACAGCUGUCUUACAACUUCAACUAUGGACCAUUCUCGGAUGCGAUGUUUGGAGAUGUCCAUAAACUACUUGAGAAUCCUGAUCUUGUUGCAUCAACUUGGUUGAAUCUUGCUUCAGCUACAUGGUUUUAUGCUUAUCCUCAACCUCCUAAACCCAGUAUGUUGCACGUGAUUGAUGGUACUUGGACACCAAACAAAGAAGACAAGAAUAAUAAGCUUGAACCAGGAUUUGGAGCAACCAUUAUGAUAAUAAAUGGUGGAAUAGAAUGCGGGCAUGGAUCUGAAAAACCUCAAGCAAUAAACAGACAAAACUAUUAUAGAAAAUUUGCUGAAUAUUUUAAGCUUGAUAUCAGCAACGAAGAAUUAAGUUGUGCUCACAUGAAACAAUUCUCUAAGGGAGGAACCGGCUCCUUGUUUAUCUACUGGGAUAGGGAGUGGGUGAAAGAGUACGAAUGUAAACUUGUGAGCUAUCAGACCCCUUAUAAUGCACUCAAACCUGGAGACUAUACAAAAUGUGUUGAGGAUCAGUUUAAAGUAAAAUUGAAUUAGAAGAAGAAGACGAAAAAGAAGAAGAAGAUUAUUUAUCCUUUUUUGUUAUUGUUCACUAUUUGCCAUUAUAUGAUAUACAAAUUGUUAAUAACUUAAAAAAUAUUUAUUACCGUAAUAAACUUGAAUCUUUGAAAA